AUGUCUUCCUGGAUUACAGAGCUUGGCUCAGGCGUGGGCCAUUCCCUGGGGCAAGUGGGUGGCAGUGUGGCUUCCCUCACUGGCCACCUUUCCAACUUGACAAAGGAUAAGCCAAUGAAGGGCAAGGAGAGAGUGAAAGCAUUCCCUAACUCUGGCAGAAAGGAAAUGGAAGCCAUUUGGUCAAACCCAAGAUCAGAGACUGAGAGACUUCAGAACCUCUAUAAUGAACUAAAAGAGAAGUAUGACGCCUCAGAACUUCAACUAAAGCAGCAAUCUACAAGUUACCGACUUCAAUUCCAACAGAAGGAGGUAGAGAUCAGACUACUGAAAGCAAGACAGACUGCGCUACGGGCUCAGGUGCUGCAGCUGCAGUCAGCCGCUCCGUCAGUCCACUCCGGAGCUGGAGGGGGACCGGCAGCCACUGCACCACCUUCAUUCCUCUAUGGUACCAGUCAUCAUGCUGCAGCUUUUCAUGACGAUGACAUGGACUUUGGUGACAUCAUUUGGUCACACCAAGAAAUAAACAGAUUAUCCAAUGAAGUUUCAAGACUUGAGUCUCAAGUUGGUCAUUGCAGGCAUAUUGCUCAGACUUCUAUGGCACCAGGAACCAAGAGCUCUGGUUCAAGUGAGGUCUACAACCUCCAAAACACCAUCAAGGAGCUGGAGCAGAAGCUAAGUCAGGCAACUGAUAACCAUCAGCGUGAAACAGCAGUGUUGCAGGAUGCCCAUAAACAGAAAUUGAGAGAAAUAAGACGUCAGCAUCAACGAAAAUUAACUGAGUAUGAAGAACGCAUUCAAGAACUUGAACACCUCUUAGAGCAAGGUGCCUCAGGAGUCCCUGAUCACUCUAAAGUGGAAGAGAUGGAAAACACUAUACAGGUUCUCCAAAGUGAAGAAGUUGAGUCUGCCAAAAAAAUUGAAGAACUGGAGUCUGCAGUAAAAGACAUCAGGAUCAAAUUAUCUUGUGCAGACAGGCAGAAACAAGAAGCUAUACAGGACAUUCUUUCGAUGAAAGAUCAGCUAUCGACACAACAAAAGGAAGGAGACAGCAUCAUCACUAAACUCAAGCAAGAUCUAGAGAAAGAACAAAAGAGAGUUUGUCAACUUGAACACGACAAAAAGAACAUGAUGGAGGAGUUGCAGGAACAGAAAGAGAUAUUUAUUCAAAGUGUACUGCAACUCGAUCAUUUCCAAUUAACCCAGAAGAGGCUUGAGGAGAAACUUCAAGAAUUAAUAAAUCUGUUAAAUAAGAUUUCACAUGACUGUGAACUACAGAAAGCAGCUGUGGAGCAUCAGAUUCAGAAGGAGAGGCAAAGACGCCACGCCACGCCACACCAGUUGCUCCACCUGGUCUACACAGACUUUGAUUGGAACUUACUCAGAUUGAAGCAAAGCACAGCAACCUACCUUUCCUCAGAAAUACUGCUCAGAGUGACCCUAGAAAAGUCGGAAGAAAUCAUUGUGAGUAAAAGGAAACGGGAGAGCAGUUCUUCUCUGCCUCAGUUUGACGAUGCCCUGUAUGUCUUCCUACUUUUAAACUUCGCAAGCGAAGUUUGGACUGGAACUCUGAAAACUCUAAGACUCUUAAGAUCUCAACCCAUACUGCACAUCAGCAUGGCCUGUGGACCUUUUCAAAAUGACACAGAUGCUCAAGACUCAGUCUGGACCCACUGA